GCGGUGGAGCGUAUCUGAGGAAGUUGGUGUGUGACUGAGUUCACAAGGGUGACAGGAGGAACUGUAUCCGAUUUGAAGCAGUGCUGCUUACAUGUUUAAACACAGAAUGGCUGCACUGCAUCGUUUGAAGCAGUUCCACUCCACGGGUGUCACGUUCUGUCGUCUUCACAUAAGCAGCCGUGCAUCUGCCAAAGAGCAUUAUAAAAUGUUGGUACUCGGAGGAGGGAGUGGGGGAAUAUCGAUGAGUGCACGGAUGAAGAGGAAGCUGGGAGCUGAGAAUGUGGCUGUUGUGGAGCCCAGUGAGAUGCACUACUAUCAGCCUCUGUGGACACUGGUUGGUGCUGGUGCAAAACCACUGGCCUCGUCUGGUCGGCGCACUGUGAGCGUUAUGCCAUCUGGAGUGAAGUGGGUGAAAUCUAGAGUUCAGGAAAUAAACCCAGAUACAAAUACUGUCCGUACAGAUAAUGGGACUGAAAUCUCUUAUGAGUAUUUGAUUGUAGCUCUUGGUUUGCAACUCCAUUAUGAGAAGAUCAAAGGACUACCAGAGGGGUUUGAGCAUCCAAAGAUUGGCUCAAACUACUCAAUCCAAACAGUGGAGAAAACAUGGAAAGCCCUGCAGAACUUCAAAGAGGGCAACGCUGUAUUCUCUUUUCCAAACACUCCUGUGAAAUGUGCCGGAGCGCCACAGAAGAUCAUGUAUCUAACGGAUGCUUAUCUUAGAAAGACAGGAAAAAGGUCACAUGCCAGUAUUGUGUACAACACGUCGUUGCCAGUGCUGUUUGGGGUCAAGAAAUAUGCUGACUCAUUGUGGGACAUAGUGAAGCGCCGUGACCUACAAGUAAACCUGAGGCACAAUCUGAUUGAAGUACGGCCAGAUCAGCAAGAAGCAGUCUUUGAAAAUCUUGACAAUCCAAGCGAAACCAAAGUGUUGGAGUAUGAAAUGCUUCACGUAACGCCUCCUAUGGGCCCCAGUGAUGUGAUUAAAGGCAGUCCAUUGGCUGAUGAGGCUGGGUGGUUAGACGUCAACAAAGACACGCUCCAACAUCAAAAGUAUCCAAAUGUGUUUGGGAUUGGAGACUGUACGAACCUGCCAACAUCUAAAACUGCUGCUGCUGUGGCUGGACAGUCUGCUGUCUUAGACAGAACGAUUACCAAAAUACUGAAAAAUGAAAAGCCAGAUAAGAAGUAUGAUGGGUACACCUCUUGUCCUUUGGUUACAAGCUACAAUACAGUAAUUCUGGCGGAGUUUGACUACAAUGGAGAACCAUUGGAAACUUUCCCCAUUAACCAAGCUAAGGAAAGAAGAACGAUGUACUACCUGAAAGCUCAUCUUAUGCCUCACAUCUAUUGGCAUGGCCUUCUCAAGGGCCUGUGGGGAGGUCCUGGACCAUAUAGGAAACUCCUCCAUCUUGGAAUGAAAUAAGGUUUGCAUGUUAACUGAUGCAACGGAGUAAAUUGAUUUGAACAGGCCGUUCACAGCUUUGGUUUUUGCCAAUAUCACAUGGACAUCAUGACUGAUCAGAACAUGUUUAACCAAAUACUGGUCAGUUAUGCUGCAGAAGUAUAAAUGGUGAUGGUUAUGGGUAAUCACUUAUCUCUUGAACUUUCUUGAUUGUAUUGUUGCACUAACUUUUAAAGCACAUUUCACUUCUCUUUUAUGAACAUAACAAACACACACCCACUGUUCAAUCAUGCAUUAUAACAAAUAUGUAGUUAGUCAUUUGCUUAGUGGAAUCUCAAUGUAUGUUGGCAUGGUCAAGAGAAUUGUCCAGACAAAGCAUCAGAAUCAGGAAGACUGGCUGACUGUUGCAGCAUGCUAUAUUGUUGAUUUGAAUAAACUUUUUGGCAGCAACAAUAUAUACCAUAUAUUGAUGCCACCCUUUUUACCUAUUGUCCUAUAAAUAACAGACUUGCUCACCUGUUGCACAUUAUAAUUAAACAAACGGGUAUUUUUGAGAGCAAAUGGGUGUAGUUUUUAAAAAAAAAAAAACCCUCAAUUAUGUUCAAGGGCGCUAUUUAGGUGACUUAAAUAACCUUAAACGUUGCAUAGUUGUUUGUGCCAAAAUGGAUUUAAGUAUUUCAGAAACUGCUGAUCAAAGAUGGGAUUAAGAGAAUGGCCUUAAAAAAAAAAAAAAAAAAAAAAAAAAAA